GUGACUCAUCUCGAGAUUAAAGAACUCUUUGAUGAAUGCUAGGUUAGCAUAGUUAGCUUGAGGCUCCAGCGGCAUCACGUCGUGUCCGUGUUUCCGUCUGCUUUCCCCGUAAACCAUGUUCAUGUUUCGGUCAGGCUUAGUGUCAACGUCCCGUGCGAGUGCGUGGACAUGAGCGUGGCGGAGCAGAGGUGCUUUUGUGUCCCGUGUGUUUACGGAGCUCUCCGCCUUUUCGCACACUUCCGCUCGUUAGCGUCGGUGCAGCGAUGAACCAGGAGCGGGAUGAGGCGCAGGACGACAGCGGCCCCCGGGAGGAGUGGACCCUGCUCUUCUGGACCUCUCUGGCCGUCGUCGUCCCGGUCGUCAUCACGCUGUGGUGCAGCGUCCAGCGCUCCAAGCGGAAAACCUACAUGAAGGGUUUCUUCCGCAAGAGCAAGCACGGCUGGCACUACACGGACCUGUUCACCAAGCCCACCUACUGCUGCGUGUGCUCGCAGCACAUCCUGCACGGCGCGUUCUGCGACUGCUGCGGCGUGUGCGCCGACGAGCAGUGCCUGCGCCGGGCCGACCGGAGCCUGCCGUGCAAGGAGAUCAUGGCCCCCUCCAGGCCCGGCGGAGGCGCGGAGCACCGCUGGGUCCGCGGCAACGUCCCCCUCGCCAGUUACUGCGCUGCGUGUAAACAGCAGUGUGGGACGCAGCCGAAGCUCUGCGACUUCAGGUGUGUGUGGUGUCAGACCACCGUGCAUGAUGACUGCAUGGACAGCCUGGCAGACACAGACGAGUGUGACCUGGGUGAAUUCCACUGCCUCAUCAUCCCGCCUCACUACCUCUACCGCGUCAACAAACUCCGCCGCCGGCAGCCAGACGAGUUCAGCAAGCUGGCGUCGUCCUGCGGCAGUGGCUGGACUCCAGUGUUGGUCUUGGCGAACACUCGCAGCGGCAACAACAUGGGGGAGGCUCUGCUGCGAGAAUUCCGCACGCUUCUCAACCCAGUGCAGGUGUUUGACCUGUCUGAACUGACGCCUGUCAAAGCCCUGCAGCUGUGCACCCUCCUGCCCCCCGGCAGCGUCCGGGUGCUGGUGUGUGGAGGCGACGGCACGGUGGGCUGGGUGCUGGAUGCCGUAGAUACCAUGAAGCUAAAGGGUCAAGACCAGUUCAUUCCCAGAGUGACCAUCCUUCCCCUGGGGACAGGAAACGACCUCUCCAACACUCUGGGCUGGGGGAAUGGGUAUGCCGGGGAGAUCCCUGUGGAACAGGUUCUUCGUAACGUCCUCGACGCCGAGGUGGUCAAAAUGGACAGGUGGAAAGUGCAGGUGGCUUCAAAAGGAGCUUAUUUCCGAAAACCAAAGGUUCAGUCCAUGAAUAACUACUUCUCUGUUGGACCCGACGCUCUGAUGGCUCUUAACUUCCACACACACCGCGAGAAAACGCCCUCCUUCUUCUCCAGCCGCAUCAUCAACAAGGCCGUGUAUUUCCUGUAUGGCACCAAAGACUGUUUAGUGCAGGAAUGUAAGGAUCUGGAUAAGAGGAUUGAGUUGGAGUUGGAUGGGGAGAGGGUGGCGCUGCCCAGUCUGGAGGGCAUCAUCGUUUGUAACAUCGGUUACUGGGGUGGCGGCUGCAGACUGUGGGAGGGGAUGGGGGAUGAACCGUGUCCCCCCACACGACUGGAUGACGGCCUGCUGGAGGUGGUGGGCGUGUUUGGCUCCUUCCACUGUGCACAGAUCCAGGUCAAGCUGGCCAACCCCGUACGACUGGGACAGGCUCACACUGUCAGGCUGAUUCUGAAGAGUUCCAAGAUGCCCAUGCAGGUGGACGGGGAGCCGUGGGCCCAGGGCCCCUGCACCAUCACCAUCACCCAUAAAACCCAGGUCCACAUGCUUUAUCACAGCUCAGAGCAGACGGACGACGAAAGCAGCGCCUCCGAGCCCGAGAGCCCCGCCCCGCACGAGUCGCCCCGGGCCCCGGUGCCAACCUCCGCCCGUGCUUGAUGCACCUGCGUGAACGCUCUUCUUUCCCCAGCUGUUUGUGUUUGUUUCAGCCCACUUUGAGUUCAGGCUUCUUUUGUGACGGCACUUCAUUUAUCUUCCUCUCAGAUCUCUGAAUAUACUUUAACCUUAAAAGCCCAGUGUGUGAACAUGUAGGAGGAGCAGUUAGUGUUU